UCCUUCCUCCGCCUCACCUCCUUUCUUUCCAGAAAGAGGAAAUGAUGCGAUUCGACGUCGCAGGCCACGGCCCCCAUGCUCCCACUAGUCUCGUUCUCGCUCCCCGGCUCCCCAGCUGGGGGACCUGCUCCCACAGGCUCAUCCCCGGGGCAAGGCCUGGUUGGGCUCCUUGAUACCCUAGGAAGCCUUGAGACUCAGGCUGCGCAGGCCUUCAAGGCCCCAGCAUGAGGCCCCAGCCCCGCCGGAGCCCCCAUGCUGCCCCGGCCCCCGGCACGCCGUGCUAGCCCCCAGCCAGGGCGCGGGGAGGCGCGGUGGCCAUGGCCAGCCACGUGGACCUGCUGACCGAGCUGCAGCUGCUGGAGAAGGUGCCCACGUUGGAGCGGCUGCGCGCCGCCCAGAAGCGCCGGGCCCAGCAGCUGAAGAAGUGGGCGCAGUACGAGCAGGACCUGCAGCACCGCAAACGCAAGCACGAGCGGAAGCGCAGCACCGGCGGCCGCAGGAAGAAGGUGUCCUUCGAGGCCAGCGUGGCCCUACUGGAGGCCUCGCUUAGGAACGACGCCGAAGAAGUGCGCUACUUCCUGAAGAAUAAGGUCAGCCCUGAUUUGUGCAACGAGGAUGGACUCACAGCCCUGCACCAGUGCUGCAUCGACAACUUUGAGGAAAUUGUCAAAUUGCUCCUCUCCCACGGUGCAAACGUGAACGCCAAGGACAACGAGCUGUGGACGCCCCUGCACGCUGCGGCCACCUGCGGCCACAUCAACCUGGUGAAAAUCCUCGUUCAGUAUGGGGCCGACUUGCUUGCCGUCAAUUCUGAUGGGAACAUGCCCUAUGACCUCUGCGAGGAUGAGCCCACCCUGGAUGUCAUCGAGACGUGCAUGGCGUACCAGGGCAUCACCCAAGAGAAGAUCAACGAGAUGCGGGCAGCCCCUGAGCAGCAGAUGAUUUCGGACAUCCACUGUAUGAUUGCAGCCGGCCAGGACCUCGACUGGAUAGAUGCCCAGGGGGCCACGCUGCUGCACAUAGCUGGAGCCAAUGGAUACCUGCGGGCAGCCGAGCUCCUUCUGGACCAUGGAGUGCGUGUGGAUGUGAAGGACUGGGAUGGCUGGGAGCCCCUGCAUGCGGCUGCCUUCUGGGGACAGAUGCAGAUGGCGGAGCUCUUGGUGUCCCAUGGGGCCAGUCUCAGUGCUAGGACAUCCAUGGAUGAGAUGCCAAUAGACCUAUGUGAGGAAGAAGAGUUCAAGGUCCUGCUGCUGGAGCUAAAACACAAGCACGACGUGAUCAUGAAGUCGCAGCUGAGGCACAAGUCAUCCCUGAGCAGGAGGACGUCCAGCGCGGGAAGCCGCGGGAAGGUGGUGCGUCGAGCCAGCCUGUCGGACAGGACCAACCUGUACAGGAAGGAGUAUGAGGGAGAGGCCAUCCUGUGGCAGCAGCGGAGCGCAGCUGAGGAUCAGAGGACCUCCGCCUACAACGGGGACGUCAGAGAGACCAGGACAGACCAAGAGAAUAAGGACCCAAACCCCAGGCUGGAGAAGCCCGUGCUGCUCUCCGAGUUUCCUACCAAGAUCCCCCGAAGUGAAAUGGACGUGCCUGUUGAGAAUGGCCUCCGGGCUCCGGUCAGCACCUACCAGUAUGCACUGUCCAACGGGGACGUCUGGAAAGUGCACGAGGUGCCCGACUACAACAUGGCCUACGGCAGCCCUGGCAUGGCCGAUGCCACCCCGCCCUGGAGUGGCUACAAGGAACAGAGCCCCCAGACGCUUCUGGAGCUGAAGCGGCAGCGGGCAGCAGCCAAGCUGCUCAGCCAUCCCUUCCUGAGCACGCACCUGGGCAGCAGCAUGGCCAGGACGGGCGAGGGCAGCAGUGAAGGCAAGGCCCCCUUGAUCGGAGGCAGAACUUCACCGUACAGCAGCAAUGGGACCUCGGUGUAUUACACGGUCACCAGUGGAGACCCCCCGCUCUUGAAGUUCAAGGCUCCCAUGGAGGAGAUGGAGGAGAAGGUCCAUGGCUGCUGCCGCAUCUCCUAGUCUCCGUGUGAUGGGGCAGAGAGAUGCUUUGGGGAGAGUGUCCCUGGAAUCCAAGCCAGCCCAGCAGCCCUGGCUGGGGAGGCAUCAGAGGGUGGCUGCGGGGAGGUGGGCUCUGCUUUCCCGAGGAAUGCUGACCCCACCUCUCAGCCAGCUGUCUAUAGCAUCACCACUUCCCACGGUUCUGCUUUGUGCUGCAUUGUCUGCCAUCAAAAACAAGGCCCAUGGUGGCUUCCUGACUUAUCCUGGUGUCAGAUUUUGGGAGGGCGGCUGGGAUUCUAGUUCAGUUGUUGGACAAGGCUUCUCUGGACCAAUACUCGCAAGUCACAUAUCAACACACACACACGUGUGUGUGCAUACACACACUCAAUCAACAUGUGUAGGGAUGAUCCAGCUGAGCUCAUGGGAAGCAGGUGGGACUGAGAAUUCGUGGGUUCUUCCCAAGAAGACUGAGGUUAAGAUUCAGAGUUGUGUCACCACUGCCACCGUGGCUUUAGCAGGGGAGGGGACCUGCUAAGCUGAGACCUGUCAUCCUGCCCAGAAUCAUACCAGCGCUUGGUAUCAUAAUCCAUAUCUGGCAGGAGCAGGAAGUCUUCUUUGUGUUCAGAGGGAGCUAUGCACCCACAUGGGGUAGAUUAGCGGGUUAGAGGGCUUGUCUUCAGCCUUGCCUGUGCCAGGAGCCAGCAGUGUGAGCACCCAGGGGCCGAGGUAGAAAACCAGGCUAUUCCAUUCCUGGAAUAAUCCAAAUCAUAUUUUGCUGUUGGAUGGAAAUAUAAAGUUGAGGAGACGGGGAACUCAGUUAGUGUUUCCAAAAAUGCGUUGAUGAAAGAAUUCUUUGGGGCUGUAAAACUCCAGGUGUUGUGGGGGGAAGAGGGGGUCACUGAAAUAGCUCUCUUUCAUGGACAGUAUUGUGAUCACUAGGUUUUACUGACUGGUGUUGGAUGGAAAAAUGAAGCUAAGUGAGAAGUUUCAGUUGGAAGGGCUUUUCCAGGGAGAGAGGUGAGUACGUGUUGUUAAUUUCUGCAAAUAUCCCUGGUAACCAUGACAGAGCCCAGCGCCCUGGCCAAUCUUUGUGAAUAUUCAGAUGGUUUCAGUCCAGCCUAUCUUGGCCAGCCUUCCUCAGACGGAGCCAUCAGAGUGAGCAGUAGGCGCUGCUGGGGCUCCACCUCUCCCAGAGUGAAUGCUCAGGACUCCCGGCCUAGCUUUGCUUUUUCUGGAAUGAGAAAAGUGACACAGGUUAGCCAGUUGGCUUGUGUGAUUUCCUGUCUGGCCCAGGGGCUCCCUUCCUGCUCCUCCCAGAGUUAUGACGCCCCAGGACUGCAAAUUCAAGGUGCCGGUGCCCAACACCCUGCCCUGCAUUCAGGAGAGCUGCGGUGGGGCUAGAGGUGGGUCUUGCCCCAGCUGUACAAUAUCAUAGCCCCAGUCCUUCUGAUGCUGGGGAGGGAGAGCUACAAGGAACAGGCUGCCUGCCACCCCCCCAUGUCAUUCUCUCAUAAGCCCCUUUGAAAUUGCUGCCUAUGAGUUGGGCGCUGUUCACAGGCUCAGCCAAAACCUACUGGUGUAACUAACUAGCGGCAGGUUUGUUUCCUGCUCUUUGCGCCUUUUAUUUGUCCUAAAACUACCUCUUUAGAGCUCUGAUGGAGCCCCCUAGGUCCAUUCUGGAAUUUGGGAGACAAAUAUGGGCUCCCUUUCACCUUCUUAUUUCUGAGCCUUUGAGAAAUUCUCCUGGAGGGACAUCUGGGUGAGGGGCUGGGGCUGGAGGAGCCCCCACCUUGUGCCACAAUCCCAGUAAUGGGGUCUGGUGUUUGUCCCAUUCUCAGACCCCCACUGUGGCCUCCAUGGCUCCUGUCACCCCAAGGUGGAGCUGGAUCCCAAGGGGCCUGGCUGAGACUUUACCGGGAGCAGGGCAGCUGGGCCAGAGAGCAGGGGCCUCAGGGGAGUCACUGCGCCCCUGGUGGCUCCUGGAUGCAGGGAGUGUCACAGCAUCGGGCCACUCCCACCCCAGCUCCGGGACAGAUCAAGUCUAGGGUGGAAAGGCAGGUCAGGUGACUGUAGACAGGCGUGUGUGACACCUGCCACAUCCCUGGGGACUGGGGCCAGCUCGCCAUCAUCUCAGCUUAUGGCUGGAGCAGGGUAGGGAUGAUCCAAAAACACACAUACCUUUAGGCUUUAAAAUAGUGUUCAGAUCAGACUGACACUGAAAUUCCUCUUAAGCUGACUCAAGCUGCAAGCUGGGAGGAGCCGAGGGAAGCCACACACUCCAAGGAGGGAGCUGUGCAGGUUUUCGGAUCUGUUUGCUCAGGGGCUAGAGACUGAGGCUUUUAUUGCCCUCUCUGAGCCCUUCUGGCUAUUCCCUCUUUCUUCCUUGCCUCCUGUCUCCUGGGCCAUUCCUCUCCAUCCCCGAAGGCGGGGAAUCCCUGUUGAGUCCCUGACAGGAGCCAACGGCAGACUCUUGGUCAUUAGGUUGUGUUUUUAGGUCAUUCAUUUAUUCACUCAUGUAGUUUGUUGAGUAGCUGUGAUGCACCAGACACAAUGGUUCCAGGGAUAAAGGAGAAAUGAGACAGAGGGAAGAGACUGCACUUUACAGUUCUCAUCCCUUGAGGACCACAGGUAUCAGCAGCCCCAUUCAAUUCACCUGAGACAGAGGGGCUGCAUCCUGGUCCAGCACCCCUUUGCUUUUCUGCUCCUAGAAUCCCUAGAGUAUGAAUUCUUUUGGCUGGGAAGCUGCUGUCAUGGCCACCCCUGGAUAAUACUUGCCACUAAAUGGAGAUGCUGGAGCUUGGGUUCCAGGUAGACACCAACCCAAGUCCGAACUUUCAAGGCUAGCUGCCUUCAGGCAGCAUCUUUCAGGCACUGUAUAAUAGCAGCUUGAAGUCAGUGUCUAGAAGAACAAGGAGUCUGGAAUUUGCUGCCAAAUGCAUCUCAUGUGCUUAAGCUCAUUAUCUCUUGCUCAUUUUUGCUUAUUUAUUAUCUAGUCUUCCUGCCCCACCAAUGGAUAAUAGGAGGAAAAGGAGCUUCUCCUUUAACAUGGAAGCCCUUCCUUAUGAGUCUGCCUCUCUUCCUGGCAGGUGUGGAUCAAGGAGCUGGGAGAAAGCUGGCAAGGUUGACCAGAUGCCCAGCUCCCACUCAACCCAGGUCUGGUCUCACUUCCUGGCAGAUUAAAGGAGGCUAUUUCCAAAGCCUGUGCCACAAGACUCUCUGUGAGCUCUGGCCCUUUCUCCCACCCUAUGCCCCAAACAAAUGAAAAUUUGUGGCUAUCACCCGAGAGUGAGUUUCUGGCCAGUGGCUCAGGGAAGUUGAAUGAACCCUAGACCCAGGUCUUCUGAAGACUUCAGAAUGUCAUUCUCCAUUAAAGAUGCUGCAUUGAUAAAACUGCUCUGUACUGUUUGAUCAAUUUCAGUAGGCUUAGAAAAGUUAACAAGAGUGUGUCCCCUGUCCUACCCACUAGUUUGCUGGCCUUGUGAUAACAGGAGACCAUUUUGAUUAUUGGUGUCAGGUUCCUUUUGAUCUUGAGUUCUCUCUCCCACUUGCUUUCCCAGAGCAGAAUACUGGAACACUUUCUAGAAGGGCACUCCUUACAGGAUGCCCAGAGGACUGUAUUUAACUCUUGCUAUUGUGGCCUGGGGACAGCCUCCCCUCCCCCAGGGCACCUAAGAGCAAAGGGUCAUGUGGUCAAUGGGUGACUCCACAGCAGGGACCGACCACCUUUGCUAGAAGCUCUCCUGGACAGAGUCUCUUGUUGGCCAGUUGGCCGGAGGGCUUGCUACCUAAGGGCAUCGCAAGUGCCACAGUUCUGAGCCUGGCUCUGUGCGCCCAAGAAAAGUCUGCUGACGUCCAGCCCUCCGCAAUAAUCCACCAGACCAGAAGCCACUGAUGUCCAGAGAACACUUAAGAAAAAAUGUAUUUUAUGUGAAAAAAAAAAGUUAAAACUCUGUAUACUGUAUCAGCAGCUUUGUGUAAAAAUGGCAAUCAAGAGAGUCUAAUAUAUUUAAAACUUUUUUAAAAAAAAAAAUCCUCGCAGAUCUUUGAUAUUGUAUUGAAGUAACUUCCAGGUAGCUCCUCGCUGGGGCUCCACCGCAUCCCAAAGGGGCGUGCCCCUGGAGUUGCUUCCAGCUGCCAAGGCCUGUGACAGAAUUCGCUGUUAAGAGUUUUUAAUUAAGAUUAUUAAAUUCCUUUUAAUAACA